AUGACAGAAGUAGUUACAUCACAGUUCAAUCACUGUACAUUUCCUAGUGCUUCUACUAGAAUUCAGGCAUCACGCAAAAAAACUAAAAAUGAUUCUAACAUGAAAGUAGUUACAUCGCAGUUCAAUCACCCUGAACCAACUUUCUAUGAGAAUCCAGAUAUUAUAACCAACUUUCCAUGCAGAGCUUGGAUCAGGAUGAUGCAUCCUUUUAAUCCAAAAUUCUUUGUUCAGAGUUUGGUGGAGCAGUUUAAUGCAACUGUAGGGUUUAAUGCUCUGUUGGAAAUGGAGAAGACAGCGCGAAAGCUGGCUGGUGAGUUUAACGGAUUUGUGAACAAGAAGUAUCUGAUUGUAAUUAAUGACCUAUCCACAAUUGAGGAGUGGGAUCGGGUUAAGAAAUGCUUCCCAAACAACAAGAUGGGUAGCAGAAUCAUAGUGUCCACAAUGCAAGUUGAAGUUGCAAGCUUAUGUGCAGGACAAGAAAGCAUAGUAUCUGAACUAAAGCAAUUGUCUGCUGAUCAGAAUAUUUAUGCUUUCCACAAGAAGGUUUCUCAAGAGACAACAUAUUUAGCUGAAACAGACUCAAGAUCAAACAGAGCCACUACCAGAAAUGAUAAGUCUAUAGUAGCCAUUGGUGAGAUUUUAGAGGAUCAAUCUAAAGUUGUUGAUGGUAAGAAGGUAGUCGGAAAGAGCAUCACUCGCAUCAGGACGAUGGCUGCUGCUUUGGAGGAAUCUCAAAUUGUUGGGCGAGAGAAAGAAAAAGAGGAGAUUGUGAAGUUAGUUACAAGUCAAGUUACAAACCGAUUCCAAGUGGUCUCGGUGUGGGGAAUGGGUGGUCUCGGAAAAACCACUCUAGUCAAAGAUAUCUACCAUAUCAAGCUCAGUGGCAUGUUUGAGAAACGCGCCUGUGUAACAGUCAUGCGCCCUUUCAGUCUUGUGGAGCUCCUUCGAAGCUUAGUUAUGCAACUAGAACCUUCUGAAAAGAAGGACGUUGAGGGUUUGAUGCGCAGCACAAAGAAGAUAUUUUUAUUGAUGCCAGUUGCUGAGUUGAUCGAGGAAUUGGCAAGGAUUUUAGAAAGAAAAAGGUGCUUGGUUGUUCUUGAUGAUGUAUCAUCCACUGUAGAAUGGGACAUGAUAAUACCAUUUUUCCAUGGAAUGGAAAAUUCAAGCCGGAUCAUAGUCACCACAAGGGAAGAGGAUAUUGCUAAACAUUGUUCAGAGCAAAAAGGAAAUAUAUACAUGCUGAAAGGUCUAGAAUACAAGGAUGCGUGCGACCUGUUUGCUAAAAAGGUAUUUAAGAAGACUAUAGAUUUGGAUAAGAAAUACCCUGAGCUGACUACACAAGCAGAACUGAUACUGCAGAAGUGCAGCGGACUCCCCCUUGCAAUAGUCACUAUAGGUGGCUUCUUGGCAAACCAACCAAAAACAGCUUUGGAGUGGAGGAAACUGAAUGAGCAUAUCAGUACCGAGUUGGAGGUGAAUCCUAUGCUUGGGACCAUUAGGACCGUCCUUAUGAGAAGCUAUGAUGGUUUACCCUACCACCUCAAGUCUUGUUUCCUCUAUAUGCCCAUCUUUCGUGAAGACCAAAGGGUUGGGCGGGGACGCUUGGUGCGCCGGUGGAGCGCAGAGGGUUACUCAAGGGAGGUUCGAGGCAAAUCCAUGGAGAAAAUAGCAGAUGGUUACUUCAUGGAACUUAUAAGCAGGAGUAUGAUUUUACCAUCUGAAUGCUCAAUCCACAAUACAAAAGGGAUCAAUUCCUGCCAAGUGCAUGAUCUCAUGCGUGAUAUCGGUAUCUCAAAGUCAAUGGAAGAAAAUCUUGUUUUUACACUGGAGGAAGGUUGCAGCUCAAACAGCCAAGCCACUAUGCGCCACCUUGCUAUAAAUGGCAAUUGGCAAGGAGACCAGGGUGAAUUUGAGAGCAUAGUAGACAUGUCCCGUGUACGAUCAAUGACAGUUUUUGGGGAGUGGAAGUCAUUUUUCAUUUUUGAGAAGAUGAGGCUGCUACGAGUGUUGGACUUGGAAGACACAACAGGUCUACAUGAUCAUCACUUCAAGCAUAUUGGGAAGCUCCUUCACUUAAGAUACCUUUCGCUAAGAGGAUGUGAUUCUAUUUAUCACCUGCCAGAUUCAUUGGGUAACUUGAGAGAACUCGUGACGCUAGAUGUCCGAGGUACGAAAAUAAUCAAGCUGCCCAGGAGUAUCUUCAAUCUCCAGAAGCUAAGCUAUCUUCGUUCUGGUAGGAAAGCGGAUGAUGAGGAUGGCUCAUAUGAAGGCCAUUUUGGUGACAAUCCAAAGUGUCUUGGCAACCGACCAUGCAUUCUGUUUCUCGUGACAGGGAUUGCUUGUUGUUGCAAGAGUGUUGCAAUUCCUGAUGAUGACUCUAACCUUAAUUGCCAUGAUGCAUGCACUGCUCUUUGUUGCUAUUUGGUCCCUUUUAUUGCGAUGCGUCUAGACUUGCAUGGUGUUCUAGUGCAAAGUGGGAUGAGGAAGCUGAAAGCCCUACACACAUUGGGUGUUGUGAACAUCGCACGGCGGGGUAAGGAUGUUCUAAAGGAUAUAAAAGGGCUCAUUCAGUUGCGCAAGUUAGGAGUGACUGGCGUCAGUAAGGAAAACGGACAAGAGUUGUGUUUGGCAAUUGUUGGUCUGAGCCGUCUAGAGUCAUUGUCAAUCCGGUCAGAGGGGGAGCCUGGUUUAUCUGGCUGCUUGGAUGGAGAGUUCUCAUUCCCGGAAAACUUGCAGAGCCUCAAGCUGUAUGGUAACCUGGUCAAACUACCGGAAUGGAUAAAGGGGCUGAGGAAUCUGGUGAAGCUCAAGCUACGGAGCUCUAUGAUAUCAGAGGAUGAUGAAGCUAUACAGGUCCUUGGGGAUCUACCAAACCUGGCGUCCCUGCAUCUGCUGAAGAAGUCGUUCGAGAAGAGUAAUGCUUGUCUCACAUUCCGUCCACACAUGUUCCUGAACCUGGUGGUGCUGGAACUUGAUUCGCUCUUGGACGGCCGGGAGGAUAGAAAUAAGCUGCUAUUUUUGAAGUUUGAACAAGGAGCAACCCCUAAGCUAGAGCUUCUCAAGUUCGUUUGGGCAGGCAUCAAUAGUCGGACACUCUCGGGGCUACCAUCUCUGGCAAGCCUGAAGGAGGUUCUGCUCAAAGGUGCGUACAGUGACAACGAAUUGGCAUACCUGAGGGCCGAGCUCCCAAAAAAUACAAAUCUACCGGUCAUAAAGAGGGUCUAA